CAUCCGUCAGCAGAAGAAUGGGACAGGCAUUCUACAAUGCUCUCUCGUCAUAUCAUUCGACUGCCGUAUGACCGAAGGGAAGGUACUUCAACACAUAAUUGGCUGCGUCGCCUUUGGAUGGCUGAGGCUGAGGGGGGCCACUAGGGUGCGGCUGAGCUUCGACAUCAUUCUCAAGAACUGUCUGCCUUACGCCAACAUCAUUCAUCAGCUAUUUCUCUCAAUUUCUCACCACCGAGAUUGAAUCUAACAUUUCUUCUCUCAUAGUUUCAGACAGUCAAGCUACAUUUGGACACCUCGCAAUCUAAAUAACAAAAUCUAAAGUCGGAAUCAGCAGAUACAUACCCUGACAGCCAGUAUGGCAUUUAACGUAUCAAAGAGUUUACUCAUUUUCCUAUCCAUAGCUGGAUUUUGGACUCUCUGGGUGUUUCCAUACCAGAAUGGCCUUCUCAAGAUCUUGGGGGAUCAGAGUCGACCGGGGGCGGUCAUUCCAGGCCCGACCGCAGCACCCAUGAAACAGACCUACACUGGCAUUGGACCCGUUGAUAAGCAAUUGACUACACUGGUCAGCUUCUUCUACACAGCAAUAGACGGCAAUCGAGCAGACGUGUCACUCUCGUUCCUUGACUUGGGAGGCCAGGUCCUCGCGGCAUGGGUUCUCAUCAUGAUCGAAGGCCUACGGGUCGGCAAUCAGCGCAAGUUCUUCCUUACGGCCACGACGUUCUUUGGAGUCGGAGUGGCAAUCAUCGGAUAUGCAUGCGUAGCACCUUUGUGGUUUGCACUUCAUUUGUGGCUAUCGCCUACUGCCACCAAUCCAAAGGAUUACCAACUCAUUGUCGACGUACCGGUCAAGCUCGCCAUCGCGCCGAUUAGUAUUUUGGUUGGCUUCGGACUUCCUUCACUGCUCAUGUGUUUACCAGCGCCUGACGUGAUCUCUUUCGAGACCAAGCAAACCUGGGCAGGUAUUCAGCAGGGCUGGGCGAUCUGGAUAGGCAUCACACAGUUCAUUCUAUCGACAGUGGCGAUGACCGUGGACCAGCGAGCGUCGAUACUUACAGAGGCCGACAAGAGGAGCCAGACAAUCAAGUACCUGCGUCGAGCUUAUGCUUUUGCAAUUGCAUCGUCAGCCGGCUCACAUCUCGGCGCGUGGAUUUUGUCACUCCUCGCGUACGCCUUUCCCGUGCUGUUCAGCACAAAAUAUCUAUCCCAGCUGCAGCCGGCUCAUAUCUUCGUGCCGGUCUGGCCAUUUGGUCCGCAUGAGGUUUCCACCCUGGCGGAUGGUGCGCUCUGGUUCUUGCAAUGGGACAUUGUCGUUGGAGUCACAUCUACCUUGCUUUGGGGUCUUGUACUGCGUGGGGCAGCGAAACAGGACAAGACGACGGUCCUUCAAUUCGUCGUUGGAGCUGUCAAGACCGGUAUCGUCACUGUGGUGCUGGGUCCAUGUGGAGCUGCAGCAGUGGCUCUGUGGGCUCGUGAUGAGAUGGUCUUUGGCAAGUCGAACGCGAAGAGUGAGAAGAAGCGUUCUUGAGCAUGCCCCAGGUCCGAUGUAAAGCUCACUCGCGUCAAAAGAAAGUUGGUCAGUUUGAUGCGCGGUAUCCAAUGGCAAACUCUAUACAGGUGUUGGUAAUUGCGUGAGAGCAUAUGGUCUUCAGCUUGAAUUGAUAUCCCCUGUCAUUGUCUUCAACGAUCAGGAAAUGACGACAUUCAUAAACUCAAACCACUUCGUACACGUCGUACAUAUCUUCAGCGAUGCCGGAGAGUCGAUUGGGGCCCAAGGGGGGGCAUCCGAGGGGGGCGGAAUGCAAUGGGUUGAUGAUACUAAGUGUCGGGCAUCAUCCCCGCACCAAGGUGAUAUCCCUCUGUAAAUGCAAGCGGAUGAGGCUUGGAUCGAUAGUAAUUA